AUGAGAAGCGAUAUGCGACGACCCAGUCUACACAGUCGCAGUAGCGACGAAGACACUCCGCUGUUGGCAGCUCCCAGCUUAACAUCGAUGGCAGGUUCAACAUCGGCGCAACCAGCAGCAGCCGGUUCAUCGUCCACCUGCUCAUCAUCCGGCACGAGAGUGCCCAGCGUAUCGGAUCGAUUGUGCACAUUCGAACCGAUUCUGGUGCUGCUCUGCUUCGGGCUCAGUGUGUCAGGCGUGGUGUUGGCGGACCAAAUUAUCUAUCAAUCGUGCGUCGUUACGCUCGGCUAUGAUCGAGCGCUCUGUGCCCAGCUGGGCACCAAAAGCAACUCCACCGAUGUCGCGCAACUGGAAACGAUCGUGCAACCGUACGCGGCAAAGAUCACGAUGGUGAACACGAUCCUGAUGUCCGUACUGCCCGCGCUUUGUGCACUGUUCAUGGGACCAUGGUCGGACAAAUAUGGCCGCAAGCCGGCAAUGAUCGUGCCCUCGGUUGGAUUCAUCACGACGUACCUGAUGAUCGGCUUACUGUCGCUCCUAUCUAAACACUUCCUGGUGGACCCUUGGUGCUAUGUGGUGGCACAUAUACCGGCCGCCGUAUUGGGCGGCACCACCGUACUGAUGGCCGCCAUAUUCAGCUACCUCACCGAUACGACGACGGAAGAUAAUCGUACGGUGCGGAUAGGUAUCCUGCAGGCCUGUACCAUGCUCGGUGCCUUCAUCGGACUGUUGUCGAGCAGCUUCAUCCUGCAGUGGACUAACGUGCCCACCAUGUUCUUCCUUUCGGCCGGUACCGUGUCCGCCAGCAGCGCCUUCCUGUACUUCUGUCUCGAGGAUAGCAUCAAACCGGACGCAAACAUGGUGCAUCGGCAGGUGCGGGAAAUCUUCCGGUUGAGUCAUUUAUGUGAGCUGCUCAGAACAUUCUUCAAGAAACGAUCCUCGUACGAUCGCGGCAUCGUAUGGUUAACGAUCUCGAUCGGUGUGAUCACGGUGCUGGGUGCCGGUGGAGGGACAGUGUUUUUCCUCUACACCCGACGCCGCUUUGGCUGGACGAUACAGGAGUUUACCAUCUGGCAGGCGGUGGAGCUACUGUCGAUCGUGGCGGGCAAUGUGAUCGGUAUAUCGGUGCUGAAAACGCUACUAAAGCUGCCGGACAUUUGGCUGGCGCUUCUCUCCGUACUCAACUAUUCGCUCGAUGCCCUCAUCAAGGGCCUAGCCAGCCAGGGCUGGGAACUGUUUCUGGCCACCGGCAUUACACCGCUGAAAGCAACCGAAGGGGCGGCACUGAUGGCCAUCUGUUCGACCAUCAUACCUUCUAGUGAAAUAGCUAAAUUCUACUCGAUAGCGAUGGCUAUGACGAACACCGUUUCCUUGGCGUCUGCCCCAUUGUUCACGUACAUCUACAAUGCGACCGUUGCAACGGCACCGCAAGUAUUUAAUUUUGUGUCUUCGGGAAUAUUUUCUCUCAACGUCGUGCUGGUCGGAGCCAUUGCGGUGUUGCUGCGUAAACGAAGGAAAGCGCAGGUUGAUCCAUUGUUUACACGAGAUAGCGAAAUCUUAACGUGA